CGCCGGAAGCUGAACGCAUGACUUCCUGUGUGGUUGUCAUGGGCAACAGGGACGCGAGGAGUCGCCACACGGUCAAGCGUGAGGAUUCUGCCACUAAUCGGAGUUGAAAUUCCUUCUGCGGCGAGAUGGCACCCAAGGCAGCCAAGAAAGGUGCAGCGGCCAAGAAGACCGCCGCCGCACAGGGUCCGGACGUCCAGACUUGGGAGAGCGGGCUGGCCAACGCACAUUUCGACGAGGAGCACUGGCAAGCGUGCGUUUGCGUGCUGGUGGGUCGAGGUCCGCACGAAGAGGAGCUGAUCCGGGUGCUGGCUCGGGCCGUGCGGCAGCCGCAACGCAAGCUUUUCAGCUCGCUCUCCUGGGAGGACACCGAGGCCAAGAUUCGCGAGUAUGGAAACCCCAAAGCAAAAAAACGUGACGCUUUUCCUCAGUACUACGAGGUGACGGAGCCCGCCAGGGAGCUGCUCGAGGCCCGAGAGGAGAUCUCUGCUGAGCUCAUGGCGCAAAUCGUCAAGUUCAUGCUCCUGCAGAUUAAAGAGAACGACCAGCAGAGGAGAAAAGCAGAGAUCGUGAGAGACGGGAGCCAAAUGUGCUCUUUCGCUGCAGCGGUUCCUCCUUCCACCAAGGAAAAAGCAGGCCCCAAAGGCAAAGACAAGAAGUCAAAGGAGGAGCCGCCCGCCAAACCCAAAACGAAGCUUAAACGCAGGGAUGACGUGGAGCCGCCCGAGUACAUAGACGACGAGCCGACCGACGGCCCUCAGCACUACGUGCUGCUGCUGGGCUUUCACCAGCCGCACCUGGCGGGGACGCUGGACGCCGCCGGCGUGCACGUCGCCAACGUCGUCGGGCUGAGCGCUGCGCACCUGCCCUGCGACGGGCACCCGGAGCCGCGAGAGGAAAACUCCGAGGCCAACGCGGAUGAAAUUGCUGCCAGAGAGGCCACGGCGGCGCAGGCCAAGACGCUGGACCGCUUCUGGGCGGCUCUGAGACAAGUUCUAGACGACGGAGGGCCAAACUCCCGACUCCACAACGUGGCUCAGCUGGAGUACGCCGUCCCCGAUUCAUUGAUGCCCUUUGACCCCCAGGAUCCCGAUGCCGCGAUGGCUGUGGCGACCCAAUUGUUUGACGGCGUGGCAAAUCUCAUCUACGACUGUCUGGACCGGCGCCGGCAGCACCAGCACUACUUGGAUACCGCCAACUUCAUACGUGUGCCCUCUGUGGUCUCUGGGCAGGACUCUCCACAACCCGCAGAGACUGGAGCUACUGUGUCCCCGCGCUCUAAGAAGUCAGGACGCCCGCCACCCCCGAAGAAGGCGCCGUCAUCUCUCACCACUGAUGUGGACAUGAACCACUACAAUGGGCUUCUGGAGCACGUCCCAGCCGAGGCCUGCUCUGUGCCGCUCAUCUUGCACUGCGUGCUGGAGCAGGUCGUGAUGUCGAGCGAACAGUCCCUUCAAUCGCACGUGCCCGAGGACGCCGGCCCUCAGACUGCUCCCGGUCUGGAUCAUCACGUGGUCGCCCAAAUGCUGCACAGCGUCCUGCCUCAGGUCGAAACAGAAGACGAGGGGAGAGACUUGCUGUAUAGUUUGUUGACCACAGUGCAGAGAGAAGAAGACAAGGAGAUGCUCAUGGAGCAGUUUGAUGCAGAGGAGACGCCAAAGAGGUCAGAGCAACCCGUCAUCAUCAGACACCAUGAUGAAAGGGCACUGCGCUUAAUUGGCAUAACUGAGACUCAAGGUUUGGAUCCAGCCCGGGAGGAGGCUUCCAUGAUGAAGCGGUCGCCUGCGUGGAAGCUCAUCAACUCAGUGGCUCAGCGGCGUUCCAAUAGCUCGUGCUGGAGGGCCAUCAAACAACAGCUCCAGCGCCAAUGCACCGACGACGAGGUGUCGUGGCCGCAGGCGGAGCGCUUCUUUCACCAGAGCGUGUUUGAGAGCAUGCCGCUGACGGGAUUGGAUGAAAACGGCAUUCUGGGAAAAGAUUGCAGACCUUUGGGCAUGGUGCAACAAACCAGAAAACACCCCGUGAACCCCUGGGACAACCCGUUGUCUUUCGCCAAGCAGAAGCUUCGCAACCUGCGCAAGAAAUGUCCAACGUUUCGAAGAGACGCCUCUGCUUCUACGGAGCAAAGCAGCGAGCGCCAAGCCGUCCAGCUCGACCUGUCCGACAUUCAGAGCUGUCGACUGAGGUCCCUCUCAGACCGGCGCUACGUUGAACACUACGAGGCCGCUGUCUUCCCUCAAGUCCUCCGGUCAGCCGCCCAACAGUUUCGCUGUCUGGACACACUCAGAGGGAGUCAUAACAAUGUCAUGUAUAUUUUCUGCCACAAUCCCAUGAGUUCUGAUCGCUUGUGCAAGGAAUUCUGGGAUGUAGCUCUUCACACGGAUGUCAAGUUCAGGACGUAUUUGGAGCACGUAGCAGACACCAUCGCAGACUGGAUGGAAAAGGAGGAGAUGAAGAGACAGCUGUUGGAUGUCAACCACACAAGUUCUGCGCGUGCUUCAGAAAAUUGGACAGAGGAAGACGAGGAGCCCCGGGGGCCGUUCAUCACCAAAAACUCGCUUAAAGCUUCCAGGCUGGAGGAGGAGAGGCUGAAGGACGAGGAAGCCAAGAAAGGCAAGAAGCCGGCAAAAGGGGCGCCGGGCAAGAAGCAGCAGGCGGAGGACGCGAAGUCGGCGGAGGCCAAGAAAAGCGACAAAUCCGCCGCCACGGGAGGGAAGAGCAAAGCUACGACCGACAGCUCCACGACCGCUGCCUCCGACCGGUCGCUUUCCAGUAAAGCGGACGACAAAGACGAGGCCGCCAUUGGCUUCGCUGGCUUCCACAUGGAGGGAAUGUUGGUCCAUCUGUCAGGGUGUCUCCAGUACGUCUUCCCUGCGGCCGGGGGGCACGUUACCGUGGAGACCGUCGGCUACGUCGAAGGUUCCAGCAUGCUGAAAGUGGCCGUGAGGAAGGACGGUCAUCACUUCUACACGCACAUCAGCCGAGUUAUCCGUGCCGCCAAAAAUGACCCUAAAGAGAAUCCCGCGAAGACCGCCGCAGCGACCGGGCGCUCGUUCUCGGCCUUGCUGGAUAACGGCGUCCGGCUGUCUUACAGUUUCCGAAGACCGCCGGAAAAAUGCAAAGAGAGCGUGAAAGAAACGGAGAGAGGGCCGCACGAGUCCACGGGAGCGGAGCUGACAGACACCCCGAAGACCGAAGGCGGCCCUGCGGAGGCGCAGGCGUGUGAAGGCCAAUCCCGAGCGUGCCCGAGUCCUUUCAACGGCCUCAACCUGUCUGUCCCGAGUGGCCUACUUGUGCAGUUCAUGCGUGAAGACGAGGAGCAAGACAUGCUGGUGCGACUGAGUUUUCACGUCGCGGGCCGCCAGCGCCCCUGUCUGGCCAAAGAGGCGUCCCGCACCGUCACCGGCCAGGGAGCCGUCAUCCGAUACAUGAGGGACGGCUCCAGCGAGGUGCUCUUUGCUGACGGCGCCAUAAGUUCCAGCUCGGAUUCUGGCCCAGUGUGGCUGCCAGAAGUAGAAGAAGACAUCACCGACGGCAAGGAAACGACACUAAACUUAAGACGCUUUAUCAACCCUGUGUGUGUGUGUGUCUGCUCCUAUCAACACGCUGUCAGUUCUCUGCUACGUUGGGCGCGUGUGCUUCUAGAACAAAAUCCCGAGAAGCAGGUCACACCUCCACCACGAGGGUUUUGGACAACGACGACGCCCCGCGGCGCUCGAAUCAGCACCGUCGGCAGCACACACGAGCGGAGCCCCGGCUGCUCUCUUCUCACCUACAAGACGUCGGACCCGGUCACCCAAGAGGCGAUGCUGAGCCGCGAAGACCUGGUGGUGACGGUGCAGAAGCCGGACGGGUCCGUGAGCGUGGAUCACGCGGACGGGACGAGAAUCACCACGUUCUACCGAGAGAGGCCGCCGAGCGUCGACGACGACGCCAGCGUCGGCGUGACCGGGCGAGACGGGCGCGCUCCUGGCGAAGCUGCGACAAAGAACGCCAAAACACACGAGUCCGCGAGCGCGCCGAGCAAAGAGAGGGUCGUGUUGGUGGAAAACGAGGCCUGCGCAACCGUGUUGAUGUACCCCGAACGACAUCUUGCUGAAAUCUGGUUGGCGGACGGGACUGUUAUCACCGGGGAUAACGAGGGAGAUUAUCAGGUGGUCCCGUCCGGCGUCGGGCUCCUGCACAUCCAAAGCGACGGAAAGUGCGUUUACUCCAGCGGACGCCCCCGGGGCGGCCUCCCCUCUUACGUCAUGAGUCACACUGACAACGUGGCCUGCGACAUAACGGACGUGGAUGGAAACCGCUUUCAGGUGUCGGACGAUGGCCAGGUGACGGCGCGUAACGUUGGCCCGGCUCCAAGAACGCUGCAGGAGGUAGACGAGGACGAAGAUGAGGACAAAGACACGAUGUCAAAGCCCAGAGAACAUCGUCCCAGGCUUUUCCUGGUGCACGAGGACGGUUCGGGUUCUGAGCUCCUCAGCAGUCAAGCCGUGGCGGAGCUGCUGCAGCAGGCCCACUCGGACCCCACUGCGGCUCUGCUGAAGGACCCGCUGCCGGACACGCAAGGUGACUUCGGCAUCACCGUCCUGAAGCCCAGCAUCGAGAGCGCACGGUCCAGGUGGAUGCACGCCAAGCUGGACCCCGACGUCCUGCCUCAGAUCCUCCGGAAUCGUAGCGGGCGUGACUCCCCCCGUUUUGAGGCACCAGACAGUCAAAAGGCUGGCAGUCCGUCAUUUGCGACCACGACAGCGCCCGGCCUGCAAAAACGAACCGUUGCCGGUGUCGCUGUACGCAGCUGCCCCAAAGUCCUGGAAAUCAGGGAACUGUACCAACGCCGGCCCUUAAGCAGAAGGCUCAAAAACGUGGUGGACAUGCGACUGAAGGAAUAUAUCGAGAGUUUGAUGGAGAAGGCGCAGCGGUCCGCGGACGUGACGCUCAAGGAGCCUCGCGCCGAAGCCGAGCGAGUCCACGCUGGUCUUCUGCUCAGUCAGUCUCUUACAGAGGAAGCGCAUGAAGCCCGCGCCAUUGCAAAAAGGACCCCAGGCGACACGGGCAGCCUGUACAGCCGAGCCGUGCGAGCGCCGGUCGAGCCGUCGGACGAUUCGGAGGAUGCCGCCACGAUGGCCAGCGUCGGCUGUGCCCGUGUCAAAGAGUCAAAGUGGACAGACACGCUGGAACAGUACAGAGAGGAGCUGUUUGAGGUGAAGGCGUGCGUCGAUGCUCUGAGGAAGAAGUUCAUCGUGCCGUACUUUCACCCAGAAAACAUCUCAUUCCACCAGAAUCUUCUCCUCCGUGGGAGUCCAGACAUGAGGAGGCCCAUCUUGACGAUGUCAGACGACACGGUGGAAGCCUUCGAGAGGGACGACCUGCAAGAAGAGCGGCACGUCAUUGUAGCGCCACCGCCCUCGAACCAGACACCUCAUUCUGCCAGUCACACGGCGGCGAGGAGCAGCAGGGUGCCAGGAACGACGCCUCCAACCGCAGCAGCUCCGAGCCUUCGGACGGACUCCUCCGCGCCGUCGAGGUCGAGCCGGGCGAACGUAAGCGGGCAGCCCGGGCGGCCGAGCGUCAGACUUCCGCCGUCGAUUGUCAGCUCCAAACCCUUCGGUGUGCCCAAUCGCCACUUCCGCUCUGUGGAGGAGCCGGUGCGGCGCAGGUGUCGCACCAUUUCACUGGCUGACCCAAAUACUAUAACCAGAGGCUUCGAGCUGCGCCCGUCCAGCGUGGACUUCGGUUUGCGGAGGGACGGCACGCACUCUGCCGUCACCGUGGUCAUGAAGAACGUGGGCGUCGACACCUGCAGGUUCCACGUGAAACAGCCUCCGAUCUCUUCAGGCCUUCGUGUCAAGUACCACCCGGGGCCCGUACCGGCGGGUCUGCGAGUCCAACUGAAAAUCGAGCUGUUCGCCAUGUGCGAUGCGCACGAGGGCUGCGCGGAUCCGGCCAAGUACAUCUCCCAGGACGUCGUCAUCCCCACGGAGACCGACAUCAUCUUUCUGCCCGUCACAGCCACCGUUCUUCCUGAGAGCUCGUACGACAUUCGGUUGCGAGACGGCCCCGGCCGGUGCAGCGGGAGACCCCCGGGGGCCCCCGAAGAGUCCCGCGGCCUCCCGGCAGGCCGGAAGCCGGCCGGCUCUCGAGGGCCGGCCUCCGCCGCCGCCGCAUGUACGUACGUUUGCCGAAAGUCGACCAAAACCUGCGGCAGUACACCCUUUCAUACGUACUGCGCGCGCGUCCACGCCGGGGAGGGGGUGUCGCGCGCCUCCGUAUGUGGAACGGCGAUGACGUCAGAGAAAAGGCAAGGUGCAAAAGCAGAAGCGGCGCUGGCAGUCAGCUUCGGCGGCUGCGCUUUUGCGGCGCUAUCGGGCAUCUUUGCGUCUCCGGUUUUGCGCUACUAUCUCAGCAGCAGCAGUAGCAGCAGCAGCAGCAGCAGCAGCAGGAACAGCAGGAACAAGGACGCCGUGUGA